AUGUUGUUCCCUUUCCUUCUCCUCCUCUUACCCUGGCUCGCCAGCGCCGUGCCCAGACCCAUGAUCCCGGUCGAACCCCGACAGGCAUCCUCCUCGUAUUGGCUCUCUCAAAUUCAGCGACAAGGGACUGUGGCCUACAGCUCGAACUCUGGCUACAAGAUCUUCCGCAAUGUCAAAGACUAUGGUGCUGUCGGUGACGGUGUGACUGAUGAUACUGCUGCCAUCAACAAUGCCAUCACCGAUGGAUCUCGAUGCGGACAAGGCUGCGACAGCUCUACGACCGUUCCUGCAAUUGUCUAUUUCCCUCCGGGCAAAUAUGCUGUCUCAUCCCCUGUCAUUCAGCUUUACUACACCCAAUUCGUCGGCGAUGCCGUCAACGUUCCUACUAUUCUUGCCUUGCCCAGCUUCCAAGGCUUGGCUGUACUCGAUACAGAUCCAUACAUUCCCGGCGGCAAUGGUGCUCAGUGGUAUACAAAUCAAAAUAAUUUCUAUCGACAAAUCCGCAACUUCGUCGUCGACAUCUCCCAGAUGCCAGAAGACCAAGGUGCUGGUAUCCACUGGCAGGUUGCGCAGGCCACCAGUCUCCAGAACAUUGUUUUCAAUAUGCGCCCCAAGAGUCCUACGAACAAACAGCAGGGGAUUUUCAUGGAUAAUGGCUCUGGAGGCUUCAUGUCAGACCUUAUAUUCAACGGCGGUAAUUACGGUGCCUUCUUGGGCAACCAACAAUUUACCACUCGCAACAUGACAUUCAACGGCUGCAACACUGCCAUUUUCAUGAACUGGAACUGGCUGUGGACGCUGAAGUCGGUGAAAAUCAACGAAUGUGACAUCGGCAUCGACAUGUCCAACCUGAACAACGGAGUCAACCAGACCGUGGGCUCGGUUAUCCUUCUUGACAGCGCCAUGACUAAUACUCCGAUUGGCAUCAAAACCUCGUACAACCAGACAAGCCAGCCUGCUACUGGAGGGACUUUAGCCUUGCAGAACGUCGACUUUACAGGCGUCCGGACCGCCGUUGUCGGUGCAGAUGGUACUACUCCGAUCCUGGCAGGCGGCAUGAUCGUGGGCUCCUGGGGCCAAGGCGACACCUAUCGUCCUGCUGGAGGAUCAACAAGUGGAUCUCAGAAGGUCAAGAGAGAACCACAAGGUGGCGCUUUUCCCCCGCAACUGCCUUCGAUCUCAUAUUACUCGACGACCACAACCACGCUCACCAUAUCAGCCAUACCACCCCCAACACCUCCUAGUGGUGUAUGGUUUACAACCACAACCGUGUAUGUCACUGCGUCUCCGACAUCUAUUGGCGGGGCUUCAGCUUCACCAAUUCCUCCGUCCAAUGGUAGCACGUCCUCGACUGUAUCGACUAAUGCUACUGCGUCCCGGGUUACGAUACCUUCAUCAGCACCCCCUGGUGUAUGCUCCCCAACGCCAGUAGCUCUGCAAUCAGCACGCGUUCAACAACCGUUAACUGCUCCAAGUAUGGCCGCAUCUCUUAUGGAUGGUAAUAACGUCUUUGAGCGCUCCAAGCCACAGUACGAGGACGUCCCGGUUUCGUCCUUCGUCAGCGUCAAGUCAGCGGGCGCCAAAGGCGACGGCGUUACUGAUGAUACUGCGGCAAUCCAAAACAUCUUCAACAAAGCCACCCCAGACCAAGUUGUUUACUUCGACCACGGGGCCUAUGUCAUCACUGAUACUGUCAUGGUCCCUUCAAACAUCCGGAUCACCGGAGAGAUCUGGCCUCUCAUCAUGGCACAAGGCACGGCAUUCUCAGAUAUUAACAAUCCCAAGCCUGUUUUCCAAGUCGGAACUCAGGGGAGCGUCGGUGCUGUGGAGAUGUCAGAUCUUGUGUUCGAGACCCUCGGCCCUGCCCCUGGUGCUAUCAUGGUGCAAUGGAAUGUUGCGGAGUCUUCCCAAGGUUCUUGUGGCAUGUGGGAUGUCCACUUCCGGAUUGGAGGAACUGCAGGAACGCAGCUCCAGCAAGAUACAUGCCAAGCUAACAUCACUGGCUCCUUCGAAUUCAAGCCCCAAUGUGCGGGUUCCUUCUUGUUGAUGCAUGUCACUCAAGAAGCAUCUGCCUAUUUGGAAAACUGCUGGUUUUGGGUUGCUGACCAUGAGCUGGACAUCACUACACACAAUCAGACCGACAUUUACAACGGCCGUGGACUGCUUGUUGAGAGUCAAGGUCCUGUCUGGCUGUACGGAACAUCGUCAGAGCACAAUCAGCUCUACAACUAUCAGUUCUCCAAUGCUCGGGAUAUCUUCAUGGGCGCAAUCCAGACAGAGACUCCGUAUAUGCAGGCUACUCCCAACGCCUUGGAGGGAGGGUUUCCACCCAACUCGGCUUUCUCGGAUCCCACAUUUGCCGAAUGUACCACUGACUCGUGCAAGAAAUCUUGGGGUUUGCGAAUCGUUGACUCAAGUGAUAUUCACAUGUACGGUGCUGGCCUUUACAGCUUCUUUGACAAUUACCUCCAAACAUGCUUGGACACGGAGUCAUGUCAAGAGAACAUGGUUGACAUUCAAUGUUCAUCCAAUGUCAGCUUGUAUGGCCUUACAACGAAGGCUUCCGUGAACAUGGUGAACCUUGACGGUACGCCUGAGGCUGUUGGACUAGACCAUGAGAACUUGUUCGGCCAGACGUUACUUCUGUUCGAGACUUGA